AUGUGGCGGAAAAGAGGACGCAAUUCACGAACCAAUACAACGAGCAAUAGCCCUGGCAUGAUGUCGGGCCAGCGAAUGGUGGGGACACAAGCAAAAGCAGCCGAAAAUAUGGAAAAGAACCGUGAAUUUUUUCACUAUCCACAGGAUUUUCGAUUCGUUACACCCAUUGAGCAUUCUUUGCUGUAUAGCAUGGUGGACGAGGGACCAGCUCUAUAUCCAGAAAAGGUUGUAUUGAGUCACAUUAAUGACGAGGACUAUUCGGUAUACCUUCCAAUGGUAGUCAUUAACGGCACUUCAUCAUCAUGGCGGUCUUCGUUUCAUGAUAGCAGCGACGAUGAUCAUCAUGACUGUGAAAAUGACACUCCCAAUGAUGAAGCUGAACAGCACGACAGGGUUUCCUAUGCCCAACUAAGUGCCAUCCUGUCACUAUCCGCCGAAAAAUAUCCACCCAACGAAAAAGACGAAAAAUACGAAAAAGAAAGCAUUUCCCAAACGUUAUGUAAACGUAUACUUGGCUGUGUCGUAAAGUAUGCGCAGGAGCAUGAUUUGGACCGUGAAGCAGAAAUAUCAGAGUUGCUACGUCCUGUCGAGGAGCAUUCGAUGAAGCGGUCCGCCAAGGCAGAAUUACGGCAAGCUGUUCCAUUCUAUGUUGGCUAUGCAGCAACACUGAUAACAGCUAAUCCCAUCCCAAUGAUGAUUGGUUGGUCUGUUAUGGCAUCGGGCAACCAGAAAGCCGAAAAGGAAAUGAAGAAUCUAAGUUCCAUAACCAAGGAGACCAAUCGUCGCUCAGAUGUGGAGAAAACAUCUCUCUUGGACGAGCCCGACUUUUAG